GCUCCAAGGUGUGCACAAGUUGAAAACUAAGUAGUAUUUGUCUUUAUUCUUAGAAGAUGCCACAUAAAACAGCACAGAGGUCACAGACAUAUAGAAACAAAAUAAAAAAUGAUCCUAUAGGAUACCAGGAACAUCUGCAAAAAGGAAGGGAGAAGUGAAAUCUAUCUCUGAGCUUACAAAGCGAGAACAAAGAAACAAGAGAAGGCAAUGGUAAUGCAACCAACGGAAUAGAAGACAGACUUUUUAAAGAGAACCGUUGCAAUGGAGACCUACCUAUCAGGCAACACACCACCUCAGUCACCAGAUGACUUGCAGCCAGAACAUGAGGCUAACAUACCUACCCCUAACUUGCCUGCCCCUGAUGCACACCCUGAUACCCCUUCCUCAUGGUCUGCAACAGGAAUGAGAAGUCGAAUACUUGCUGGAAGGAAUAAAGUUGGAAGAUUUCGCUCAAAAGCAUACAGAGAUCUUAGUAUGACAAACGUCAAACUUGAUAAUGCUUUACGGAAAGCUGAGAAAUACAAAAAAAGGUAUGAUCGACUGAUGAACAAAAUGGAGACAAGAUUCCCCAAAGACAAAACAGCAAAUGAAGGGACCUCCGAAGAACUUGAGAAGGAUUUUAUUGUUUCAAAAUGCCAUCAUUGCAGAGUUAAAACAAAAGUAUAAAAAAAUGUCCAGUGCCAAGGACAAACAAGUGGCUUCAAAAAUGCUCAGAGGCAAAGUAUGGCUUGGUCAAAGCCACAAACAGAGAAUUUGGAUUUUCAGCAAAAGCAAUGAGGGCAAAUGAAAACAGGCCAUCAAGUCUUAAAUACUCCAGGAAAAAUCAGUGUAACAGAAUUAGCACUGCCACAGAAGAGAAAAUCACUAGAUUCUAUGAAUGUGAUGACAACAGCAGAGCAACAAGAGGGAAAAAGGACCCACUAACAAGGAACAAGUACAAAUGUAAGGACCGUGUCAUCUUUGUGACUAAGGAGGAACAUGAAACACCGAGCAACGCUGAGCUGGUGGAGGAGGAUCCUGAUGACCCCUAUGAAGAACGAGGUCUGAUCCUGCCCAAUGGGGAGAUCAACUGGAACUGCCCCUGUCUGGGAGGGAUGGCCAGCGGUCCCUGUGGAGCAUCGUUUAAGGAGGCCUUCUCCUGUUUCCACUACAGCAAGGAGGAGGUGAAGGGCUCAGAGUGCCUGGAGCAAUUCAGGGGCAUGCAGGAGUGUAUGCAGAGAUACCCAGAACUCUACCCCCAGGAGGACGACAAGGAGACCCAGGGAGGGCCAUCUGAAACGGAUCCCUCCAAACAAGACUCUGCCCCUGAACCAACCACUACCCCUAUACCUGCAGCCCCUGUCCAAGACUCUAGCCCCUCCACCGCCCCUGCUGACACCCCACCACCCUCAAACAGCUCAGCCUCAGGCUGAGCAUGAUUCACGACAAGCCCUUUCUAUGGAUGUGUUAAGGUGAUCCUUUUUGUAUCAAUUAUUUAAACUGAUAAAUUAAAGUGUUGACUAUUUCCCCCCCCACUCUAACCCAGAUUGGGUUUUCCUCAUAGAAUAUAAGAGACUUGUAGAGGGAGGAGGGUAAGAAAAAAGAUGGGAUAACUUUAUUCUAGGUUUGUGUAUAUUUCUCUUUUUGCUCCUUCAGGAAAAAAACAAGACCAUGUGUGCUGUGCUAUCCUUUGCCAUUACUAGUGUUCUGUUUUUGUAUUGAUUGUUCUCUUUACUAUAAAGUCCAUUAGUAAUU